AUGCUCCUGGCCGGAGCCGCUGGUGUUUCCGCCUACAUCGCGGCCCCAGCUGGAGGCUACGGCCAAGCGCCGCUCGGCUCCAUCACGCCCUCCAAGUAUCAGUGCGAUUUGCCUCCGGUUCUGGAUCCGACAGGUGACGGAUUGCCUUCUGCCGACGAGCUUUUUUCUUCCAAAUCGGCACGCGACCAGCAGAUCAAGCGUCUUCAGGCCAUUGUCCAAGUUCCAUCCGUCUCUUACGACGACCUGCGCGACGUCGGUCAAGAUGAGCGCUGGACGCCCUUUUACAAACUUCACGAUGUCUUGAAAGAGACAUUCCCCGUCGUGCACAAGCGGGCCAAAUUGGAGAAAGUCAACACUCUCGGCCUUCUUUACACUAUCAAGGGUUCAGACGAGUCCCUCAAGCCGGUGCUAUUGAUGGCCCACCAAGAUGUUGUCCCCGUUGCUGACCCAUCGACGUGGACUUACCCUCCCUUCGAUGCCGUGUAUGAUGGCGAGUACAUCUGGGGACGAGGAGUUUCAGACGACAAGAACAGUCUCACAGCGGUCUUGUCAGCAUUUGAGUCACUGUUAUCUAACAGCGACUGGGAACCGAAGCGCACGUUUGUGCUCGCCUUUGGAUUCGACGAGGAGUGCUCUGGCUUCCGCGGCGCCGGCAAGAUUGCACCCCUCCUGAAGGAGCGGUACGGCAAGGACAGCUUCGCUGCUAUCCUGGAUGAGGGAGGCCUUGGCUUGCAGGAAGUUGGCAACACCCUCUAUGUUCUCCCAGCGGUGUCGGAGAAGGGCCACAUCGACAUUUUCUUCGAGCUGGACGUUGUCGGCGGCCACAGCUCCAUUCCUUUCCCUCACACGGGCAUUGGUAUCAUUGCUGAAAUCAUCACCGAGCUCGAGUCGCAUCCGUUCAAGGCCAGCCUGAUUGAGGAUGGCCCGGUGCACAACCACCUUAAAUGCCAAGCGCGCUACUCACCUGAAGCCUACCCUGACCUUACCAAGCUGGUUCAGCGGGGUGAUUUGGAAGGCAUCACGCAUUUCCUGGUCAGGGCGGGCCGAAACACCCAGUACAUUGUUCAGACCUCACAGGCUGUCGAUGUGAUCAACGGUGGACAAAAGAUGAACGCCAUGCCAGAGAAGACCGUUCUUGGCGUCAACUACCGAGUUGCCCACCAAAACAGCCUUGCCGAAGUUCAGCACAAUGCCGUUCGACGUGUUCGCAACAUCAUCAAGAAAUACGGCCUGACCCUUAAGCCCUAUCCGGGUGACGAUGAAUAUCAGAAAUACGUCGCCGGCCUGGAAUCUGAAGAGGUGGCCGAGUCGCACGAGGUCAUUGACUACAAGGGCACUUUGAUACUGUCAACUAAUGGCAAAUCUCACCCCAGCCCCAUCUCCCCUACCAGUGGCGCGGCUUGGGAUGUUUUUGCCGGAACCGUUCGACACACUUUUGCUUUCGACAACGGAACCGUGGUUCCCACUGGAGAGAUUAUGACGGGCAACACUGACACCCGUCACUAUAUCGGUCUUUCGGACAACAUUUGGCGCUUCACGCCUGAUCGAUACCACGCUGAGAACAACAUCCACACUAUUGACGAGCAUGCGAAGGUUGAUGGACACAUUGAGAUGCUCAAGUUCUACUACAACUUUGUGCGCAACUUUGACGCCGCCAAGUUUUAA